AUGAGCGACACCGAAGGGAAUAACUACAAUGGCAGAGUGAGUAUCUCCUUCUCCGGAAGCCGCCUGUCAGGCGUUGCGGCUACCGAUAUCUCUAUGUGUGUGUGUGUGUGUGUUUCCGAAAUAAUUGGUGGGUGAUUUCGGUGCGGAGCCCCCCGGAGCUGAUUGCCCGCAGGUUGCCCGCCCAGGUCGGUACUCCGGGCUCACCGGACUUGGAGUAAAACUGCCGGCAUCCUGUGACCCGACAUGGCGGCGGGGGCCGAUCGGUGUACAGCAAGGUCUGUCUGGCCCAAGAUGGCUCCCGAGCCCCAGACAGCCGAGGAAGAGAGGGUGCAGCCGGCUGGGGCGAACCGUCUGGCUGUGCUGCCUCACACACAGCUUGUUACGCAGUAAUGACCUAUGGCUUUAUUUUUAGGUUGGGUUAUCGUGCAUUUUGUGUGGGUGAUGGACAGACCGGUACUUAUUAAAUCAGGAAUUGGGUGGACCAGGGGAUAAAAAGCUACAAUUUAGACUAAGGUAGAGGACCUUGAAAACCUGUACAAGUGGGCUUUAAAAAAAAAAAAAAUUCUUAAAGGGUUAUCUAUAGUUGACAAUUUGUGCAUUGCUAUUUGUCCAUCCUGCCCCGUUAAAACAUUUUUUUAAAAAAAAAGUUUUUUUUUUUUUUUUUUUGUAGUUAAAUCCACUGCCAAUCUUGCUCUUAUGAUAUACAGGUCUCACAAGGUCCAAACAAAGGCUUCUAAUAGAGAAGCCUGUGAUUAGACCGUUUGCUUGCUCAGUGUAUACAUGCGCUCUAUGCCAGCGAAGGGGUUUAGGUUUUUUGGUUUUUUUAUCCAGCAAAAACUACAAUUUAUGUAAUGGAGAGAACGCACAGAAUAAAGAGAGAAUGCUUCCCAUGGCGUUCGUGAUGCCAGCAAGGCUGAAGAAUGUCUGUUGUCAGCGUGCUGGCAGGCGUAAUUUUAUUUAUUUAUUUUAAACAGAAUUGACUUUUGGCAGUCUGGAACAGAGUUUAGGGUUGCCAACAAAGUCAUGUGCGCUUAGGUGUAGCUAGGCCUCGGCACCCAAGCACACAUCUCUCUGAACGUGCUUCGCUUCAUACACACUCCUACCACCAUAACCACUUCAAAUCACUGAACUAGUGGUGGUUGAAAUAACCCUUUAAUGUUUGUGACUUACAACGUCCAGUUACUUUGCCAGUGUGCCACAGUUCCUGGUUUAGUGCAGAAUGCAUGGUUAUCAGUUUAUGCAGUAAUGGCAUACCCAUGCACACCUGACCGUGAGGUGAUAAAGUUCAUCUCCAGUUCUCGAAGCAUAUCACGUUUAUAUCCCUCCUCCCGUCGUCUUGUUCAUACAGGCUACUUAACUUUUUUAGUAACUCCAGUACUUAUUGAAGUGUCACUAUGUUGUAUAGAAAUAUGUGAUUACUUUAAAAUUGGAAGUGGUAUAACCAUCAUGGGUCAUAUGUUUUGCAUAUUAGUUGACUUAUUAAAUUAUUUGAGGUAAUUGGCAUACAAGACGAGUCCCUGUCUUCUGUGUGCGCUUAUAACCUUGCAGGUUUUUAAAAUAUAUAUAUAUAUAUAUAUAUAUAUAUAUAUAUAUAUAUAUAUAUAUAUAUAUAUAUUCGACAAUUUAAGUGUAUCUGGUGAUAAUACAGUUGGGUGUUUGUUGCACUACUUACUCCUUCUACUUUGGGUUAUAAAACCGGUUUGUUUGCUUGAACAUGUUUACUUGGCCUUUUAAUGUUGGCUUUGCAAUUCCUGUUUGGCCUUUUGUUUAAAGGACCACUCUAGGCACCCAGACCACUUCAGCUUAAUGAAGUGUUCUGGGUGCCUGGUCCAGCUAGGGUUAACAUAUUUUUUUAUUAUAAACAUAGCAGUUUCAGAGAAACUGCUACGUUUAUAAAUGGGUUAAUCCAGCCCUCAAACCCUCUAGUGGCUGUCUCACUGACAGCUGCUAGAGGCGCUUGCGUGCUUCUCACUGUGAAAAUCACAAUUUACAAUGCUUUCCUAUGAGACCGGCUGAACGUGCGCUGCUGCGCAUGCGCAUUCAGCCCAGGAGGAGGAGAGAUCCCCGCCCGGCGCUGGAGAAAGGUAAGAUUUAACCCGUUUCUUCUCCCCAGAGCCUGGCGGGAGGGGGUCCCUGAGGGUGAGGGCACUAUAGUGCCAGAAAAACGAGUGUUUUCCUGGCACUAUAGUGGUCCUUUAAGCUUCUUUUAUAGGUGCUGCUUCCAAAACUCCUGGCUUAAAUAAUAUAGAUAUUAACAGGAUAGAAGAUCCAUGUUAUACUAAAGUGCCAUGAUAAAUGUAAUAUAUAGAAAGCAUCCCAAUCUUGGGACUUGUAUGCUACUGCUUGUUUAUAUUCCUAUCAUUGUAAUUAGUAUGUGUAAUAGCUGGGCAAGAUUGUAAGAACAGUAAAUUUCCACUAUUAGACUGUAAUUAAUGGGGAGGUAUUUAGUGAACCUGCUAUCAAUAAGUUCACCUUCAAGUAGCUAAAUUAUUCAGUAUGCAAAUAAAUAUUACACGCUGGCAACUGACAUAUUGAACUUUUUUUUGCACAGCCUGCAAGGGCGUUUGUCUCCCCUCACAACCUACCUUUACUCACCAUAGUGCCUUAAAAAAAAAAAAGUUGUCCCACCCUUCCAGUGACCCCCUCCCACCAGCACACAUUGUCCUAUAUGGAUGUAAAGCCAAGAGUAUACUUUUAAAGGACUGCUCGAAUCCCCCCAAAAAUCCAAUGCCGUUCAGUGAGCCAUUUUUGCAUGGCAGGUGCUUUGGGUAAUAGCAUGCCUCUUUUUAUUCCACUAAACUACCAGAAGUAACAGGAGUGGUUGUCUAACAGUCAAUGGGAUGUAACAAGCUUAAUUUUUAUAAAAGGCCAAUUUCUAGUGAAAUCUUCACACCUAUAGCCCUUCAGCAAGCUAAAAUGCUUUCUCUGGAGGUCAUUCAAAGGAUGGCUAAAGUCACCCAGGCCACUUAAUCUCAAUGAAGUGGCCAGGGUACAUUGGUCCUCUCCUUUUAACUCUGCAAUGUAAAACAUUUAAUGUGGGUUUUGCGGUGCUUACACAGUGCAGAGGAAACUUGGUCUCUGGAUGCGGAAGCUCACAUUGGACAGAAUUGAUUCAAUGCUUUCCUAUGGAGAGGGUUGGGUGUGUAUGGUGCUCACCACAAAUUCACAUCUGGUCCUCAAUGCUUUGUUAGGAGGAGCUCUAUUUUAUAGCAAUUCAUGGGUUAGGGGUGUUCUACAAAGAAAGACAGGGACACUAAAGUGUUGAGAAUUCAGAUUUGUGUUCUAAUUUCCAGUAAUUUUCUUGUUAAAGUACAGUAUGAAGAGGCAUGUCCUGCUGUGAUGAUGUAGAAAAGAGACCUAAAAAGCUCAACAGGGAAUUUAGAUUUCCCUCAAAAAUAAUUCAGUAAGAAAGGAUGGAGUAAAGGUGCUGGAGAUUAAAGAUCGGCUUCCUAAAACGAUGCAAUAAAAUGUAGUGGUAAUGGCUCAUGCAUUGAAUGUUCAUUUGAAUUAUUUACAGAAGGGUAUCUAGUUCUGACUUGUGCAGGUAACUGCAUUUAGUCAUGUUUGGCUGUUAGUUCUUUGACACGCUAUUUCGCAAAAAAGGAUCGGCAUGUAGCAUUUCUUGCUUUCAACAUUUUUACUGAGCCUUUGGGAUGGUUUAAUUUUCUAGUGUAAAAACUUUAAUAAUCCUACCCAUGUACCCUGGUUUCACUUUAUUCAAGGGCAGAUGAAUGAUUCACACUGACAGUACAGUCUCUUGCUUGUAUUAGAUUUGUCUUGUCGACUAAAAUGCUCUGGAGACUUGGUAGACUAAAACUAAAGUGAAAUUUGCUGCCAAAAUUAACACUGGUUUAAUAGACUCUGCACUCAGACCACUUUAAUGAACUGAAGUGGUCUGGGUAUCUAUAGUGACCUUUUAAGAAUUGUAUUUUUGACAUUGAUAAAACCUGGCUUCUAGAUUCUAAAGAAAUGUGUUGUCCUGUCCUAGUUUGCAUUUAGAUAAGGUUGCAAUCAGCUUUUUGCUCUUGAUAAUGUUUUGGGUGCUGGAGUUCUACGGUUUGAAAAUGUAUUAGUUCUUAUAUAGUGCUUCUGUCACAAAUAUCUUAUUUAAAAACACCUGAACAAUUGGAUUAACGAACACUUUGACAUGACAUCUCCAUUUAUUUUUUUUGUACACACUUUUAGAAUUGUGUUGCAAAAACAAGCAGGUCAUGCAGCCUUGUGCGAUAUGGCAGGUUAACCAGGGUGCUAUUCUGCAAUUUUAUAACGUGCCCUGUAGUUUCAUUUUCAAGUUUGUGUGUUUGCACAAUUCUUCCUACUUCCUUUGUAAUCCUUCAUACCUGGCCAUCCACAUGUUUAGGCUACUGAAAGAGUUCAGUUAAUGUUUACCAUUAAAGCAACACUAAAGGAAAAACAUUACUUUGCAUUCGGAAGCCUUCUCCCAUAUUCGAUUCUGUGAGCAGUGCAUGUGUGGAAAUGAUGGCACUUCAGCAUGCUGAGAAUUGCUGUUAAACAAUUUACCAGCAGUCUAAAUUUACUGCAGUCUCACUGCACUAUUCUUCUUCUGCAGUGCCAAUUCAAGUGGAUUUAUCAUGAGUUGUAGUGUAUCAGAGUAUAAAUUACCCAUGGAUUAAGUCUGCAUGGAUCUUACAUAUUUUUAUCUUAAAGGACCACUCUAGGCACCCAGACCACUUCAGCUUAAAGGACCACUAUAGUGCCAGGAAAACAUACUCGUUUUCCUGGCACUAUAGUUCCCUGAGGGUGCCCCCACCCUCAGGGUCCCCCUCCCGUCCGGCUCUGAAAGGGGUUAAAACUUACCUUUUUCCAGCGCUGGGCGGGGAGCUCUCCUCCUCCCCGUCGGCUGAAUGCGCACGCGCGGCAAGAGCUGCGCACGCAUUCAGUCGGUCACAUAGGAAAGCAUUCAUAAUGCUUUCCUAUGGACGCUGGCGUGCUCUCACUGUGAAAAUCACAGUGAGAAGCACGCAAGCGCCUCUAGUGGCUGUCAAUGAGACAGCCACUAGAGGGAAUGGGGGAAGGCUUAACCCAUUCAUAAACAUAGCAGUUUCUCUGAAACUGCUAUGUUUAUGAAAGAAUGGGUUAACCCUAGCUGGACCUGGCACCCAGACCACUUCAUUAAGCUAGAGUGGUCCUUUAAUGAAGUGGUCUGGGUGCCAGGUCCAGCUAGGGUAAACCCAUUUUUUUUAAAUAAACAGAGCAGUUUCAGAGAAACUGCUGUUUAUGAAUGGGUUAAGCCUUCCUCCAAAGCCUCUAGCAGCUGUCUCAUUGACAGCCGCUAGAGGCGCUUGUGUGAUUCUCACUGUGAAAAUCACAGUGAGAGCACGCAAGCGUCCAUAGGAAAGCAUUGUAAAUGCUUUUCAAUGCGACCGGCUGCGCGCGCAGCUCUUGCCGCGCGUGCGUAUUCAGCCAAAUGGUCGGAGAGGAGGAGGAUCGGAGGAGGAGAGCUCACUGCCCAGUGCUGGAAAAAGGUAAGUUUUAACCCCUUUCCAGAGCCGGGCUGGAGGGGGUCCCUGAGGGUGGGGGCACCCUCAGGGCACUACAGUGCCAGGAAAACGAGUGUUUUCCUGGCACUAUAGUGGUCCUUUAAAUAUUACAAGCCUUAUCAUUCUCUAUGUACUAAAAUUGAGCAUAGUCAAUGAUGUGUCUACUCAAGCAGAAUUUGAUCAUAUCUGAAGCUAUAAUGAAAUCUCCUAAUUAAACAAAUAAAACACAAUUAUAAAGUCCUGCUCAGCAAGUCAUGUGCCUUUCUGUAUUUGUGUGUCGAUGUGAAUUGUCAUUUUAGUGAAUUAUUUCUUUUAACGCCUUAAGGACGGCGGGCGUUCUAUGCCGUCCUUAAGGAACCGGCUCUAAAUGCCGGAGGGCAGCAUAGAAUGCCCAAACCGUCAUUUCUACUUCUAAAGUUUAACACAGUGUAAAAUAACAUUAUAUAUACUUAGAUCAUAUAUAUUUAUUAUAUGUGGUGUGUGUGUAUAUAUACACACACAUACUGUCUUUGUGUAUUUUAAUAUUUAUAUAUAAUUAUAAAUAUUAUCAAAAUACAUGUACAAUGAUAUUUAUAUAUAUAUAUCUGUAAAUAUGUUAAAUUAAAUUUAAAAAAAUAAAUAUGUGUAAAUUCGUUCUAACUGUAUUUUAAAAUUAGAGAUCAAAAUACACGUAGAAUGAAAUAAAUCUAUAUACAUAAGUGUAUACGUAUGUAUCACUAUACAAAUCAAAAUAAUUUAAAAAAAUUAUAUAUAUAUAUAUAUACACACACGUAUAAUUCAACGUACAUAUUUAUGUAAUUUUACAUAAUUAGGUAAUUUUAUUAAUUACAAUUGGCAGGACCAGCCUCACAACCCAGGCUAAAAGUCCAGGGAAUUUAAUUUGCUAGCACUAUAUAUAACCCUGUAACUUUCCAAGACACCAUAAAACCUGUACAUGGGGGGUACUGUUUUACUCUGAAGACUUCACUGAACACAAAUAUUAGUGUUUCAAAACAGUAACCUGUAUUACAACGAAGAUAUUGUCAGUGAAAAUGACUUUUUUUUUUGCAUUUUUCACAUUCAAAUGGCACUUACAUGGACAAUAUAAUUGUUGCGAUAAGAUUUGUGUUCAGUGAAGUCUCCCGAAGGUAACCGUACCCCUCAUGUACAGGUUUUAUGGUGUUUUCAAAAGGUAGAGUCAAAUGAGGCUUGCGUUUCAGUUUUUUUCACAUUGAAAUUCGCUCGAUUGGUUACGUUGCCUUUGAGACCGUACGGUAGCCCAGGAAUGAGAACUAGCCCCAUAAUGGCAUACAAUUUGCAAAAGUAGACAACCCAAGGUAUCGCAAAUGGGGUAUGUCCAGUCUAUUUUUUUUUUUUUAUUUUUUUUUUAUUUUUUUUUUUAGUAGUCACAAACACUGAAAAAUGUAACAUGCUAUAUUUGACCUGUAACUUUCAAAAACACCAUAAAACCUGUACAUAGGGGGUACAGUUUUUAAACGUGAGACAUUGCUGAAUACAAACGUGUAUUUUAUUGAAGUAAAAUCACAGUAUGACAUUCACAGAAUGUCACGUAGAACUAAACAUUUAUGUAAAAGAGGUGAAUUACGUCUGAACAGACAUGUAGCGCAAAUUCAUGUUUUUGUUUACAUUUUGUUUUGAUCACAAUGUGUACGUUUGGCUCAGUCUUUAAGGGGUUAAUACCAAGUAGUUGUAUUUGGCUAUACAUGUUUGUUUGGCUGGAAACAGUUUAGGUAGUUAAUGGUUACCGUAGUAACUGUUUUGAGAUAUACAUAUAUCUAGUGAAGUUUUAUGCCUCUUUAGAGGAAGGUGGAAUUAAUAUAGUUAGUUUGUAUUGGUGUAGAAGAUUUAAGUAGCUUGCAAGUUCUUGGUUAAAAUAUUUUGCAGAUACUGGUGUAAUUUCUGUGGGUGGGCUGUGCAAGCUUAAGCUUUCAAGAUAAAGAUGGCAGGUGCUUUUGUUGACUGAGAAGGUAAUUUUGCCUAAUACAAAGUUUCACUUGAGUACUUGGUUAGUGGUAACUGUGUAUUACCUUGUGAGGUAAAAUUAGGAACAGACUAUUGGUUGGUUAGCUAUGUUAAUAUGCUGUAUUAACUUUAUUACAGGGUUUUCCUCUUUUUUUCUUUUUUUUUUUUAUAUAAAAUUGUUCUAAAAAAAUAAAGCACUGUGGAAAGGUAGUGCUAGACAAAAUAGUGUAGGCUUUGUGUUGGAGUUUCUUGACUGUUGUAGAUAUCCUCAAGGGAUGCUUCAUAAACUUUAGUAAAGGCAGUGCCAAAUCCUUUGAGGAAAUGAGCGUUGACUUUCUUUUCUUUUUUUUUUUUAUACCUGCUGGCAUUAUACUUUUAGAAAGGCUAAAUUUCAGUUCCCCAGCAGAGUAUUCUAGUCCCUACUUGAUUAUAUAUACUAAAUGUUCUUUUUCCAUUAAGGUUAAUGUUCGGGAAGAAAUUGAAGAGUUCUUUCCAAGAAUAUGGAAGAUAAAGCAAGAUAAACGAAGGCUAAUGAAAAGUUAUAAAGAUCAGAAAAAAUCAAUUGAAUGGGGGAAAUUUUUUGAACAGAAGAUUGGUCAGAUAGAAGCACUUGAAUAUUUUUAA